CUCUGAUGAGGAAUAGGCAGCUGCAGAUCAGUAAAGCUUUAAUGAUUCUGUGUAACAAAUGGUUGUGCUGACUCUCCUUUUGCAGAUUCUCAAUCUGUGUUAUAGAGAGCAGGGAGCUGCAGAUUAGUAAAAUCCUUAUAGAUCCUGUGUAACUUGAGAAUGGCAGCGUCUCCCUGUGCUGUGAGCUGAGAUGCAGUAUUCACAGGUUCCCAGAAAGACAGACUGAGAUUUGGAACCCUAUAGUUAAGGAAGGAUGCUCGCUAAGCACUGCUGUUAUAUUGUACAUACAUAGCUAAACAAGGGAUUAAUGAAGUUGGACCUGACAGAUGAUCUCAGUUUCAGUAUGAGGCUUAUAUUAAAGGAGAUUUUACUCAUCAAAACCAGCUUCUGGUUAUUGAUGCUGUAUUGCUGCUGAAAUUCUUCAUCAGCUGGAGCAUUUCCCAAUGCCCACUAGAGUAAUUUUAUUAGGUUGAGAUGGACUGUGACCCCACAGCAGCCAUGCAGGUGGGAAUGCGUGUGGUGAGAGGUGUGGACUGGAAAUGGAGCAACCAGGACAAUGGAGAGGGAAGUCUCGGAACGGUGGUGGAAAUUGGACGUCAAGGCAGCCCUACAACCCCUGAUAAAACGGUAGUUGUGCAAUGGGACCAUGGCACUAGGACUAACUAUAGGACUGGAUUCCAGGGAGCAUAUGACCUGUUGAUGUACGACAAUGCUCAAACAGGUGUUCGCCACCCCAACAUCAUCUGUGACUGCUGCAAGAAGCACGGAAUCCGCGGUAUGCGCUGGAAAUGCAAAGUCUGCUUUGAUUAUGACCUGUGUACUCAGUGCUAUAUGAACAACAAACACGACUUGUCACAUGCGUUCGAGAGAUACGAGACUGCCCACUCGCGACCUGUUAUACUGAGUCCGCGACAAGGACUGCCGAGAAUCUUGCUGAAAGGGAUCUUCCAAGGAGCCAAGGUGGUACGUGGUCCUGACUGGGAAUGGGGAAAUCAGGAUGGUGGGGAAGCCAAAGUUGGUCGAGUUAUUGAUAUCCGAGGAUGGGACGUGGAGACAGGACGCAGUGUGGCUAGUGUAACAUGGGCUGAUGGAACCACUAAUGUUUACAGAGUGGGACACAAAGGGAAAGUGGAUCUAAAAUGCAUUUCCGAAACUGCUGGAGGUCACUAUUAUAAGGAGCACUUGCCCAGGCUUGGUAAACCAGCUGAGAUACAAAGAAAAGAAAGCGCAGAGCGACAUCCAUUUCAGCACGGUGAUAAAGUAAAAUGUCUUUUGGAUGUUGACAUUUUACGGGAGAUGCAAGAGGGACAUGGAGGGUGGAAUCCUAAAAUGGCAGAGUUCAUAGGUCAAACUGGAACAGUUCACAGGAUCACAGAAAGAGGCGACGUCCGAGUUCAGUAUAAUAGUGAAACGCGUUGGACCUUUCACCCGGGAGCUUUAACAAAGCACACCAGCUUUAUGGUUGGUGAUGUUGUGCGUGUGAUGGAUAACACGGAGACAGUCAAGAAGCUCCAAGUUGAUCAUGGGGAGUGGACAGAUGAUAUGGCCCCUGCUCUGGGUCAGAUCGGCAAAGUGAUUAAAGUAUUUGGGGAUGGAGACAUGAGGGUAUCUGUUGGAGGCCAGUCCUGGACCUUUAAUCCAGCUUGCCUCACCUCAUAUCAACGGGAAGAAGAAGCAAAUCUCAUGACCACAGAAAACACCAGGGAAUCUAAAAGUACUCUGGUUUCCAUUUUAGAAAAGAUUCUUGCGCAGAAGACAGAUUGUGAGACCCCCAGUUCUUUGGUCAUUGAAGCAGCUCAGGGUAACACAGCACGUGUGAGAGAUAUGCUCCAGAAAUAUCCAGAUAAGGUGGAUAUAAAGAAUCAGGGCAGGACGGCUCUACAGGUGGCGUCUCACUUGGGAUACCUUGAGGUGAUAAAAAUUCUUCUACAGGCCAAUGCAAACAUUAACCUGCAGGAUGACGAAGGGGACUCUGCUUUACAUUAUGCUGCUUAUGGAAACCAGGCUGUGGUGGUCCGUUUAUUGCUGGUGAAAGGCGCUAAUGGAGAGCUGCUGAACAACGCACGGUGCACUGCUCUUUAUAUUGCCGUUAAUAAAGGAUUCACAGAGGUGGCGCAAGCGCUCUGCAUUUCCAACUGUGCCAUUAAUAUGCAGGAUUCUAUUGGUGACACACCUCUACACUAUGCUGUCACGGCAGACUUCAAAAGCAUCAUCGAGAUCCUCACUGAAAUCCCAAACAUCGAUUUUAGUGUACAGAAUAACCAAGGCUUUAACCUGCUGCACCACUCUGCUCUGAAAGGGAACAUCCUAGCUGUGAGAAAGAUACUGGAAAGGGCACGUCAGCUUGUGGACUCCAAAAAGGAAGAUGGUUUCACUGCACUGCACCUGGCAUCACUCAAUAACCAUCAGGAAGUAGUUCAAAUCCUAAUCAAAGAGGGCCGCUGUGAUGUUAAUCUCAAGAAUAACAGAAAUCAGUCCCCUCUGCACCUAGCAGUGACUCAUGGCCACAUCAACCUGGUUUAUCUGUUGGUGAUGGAAGGAGCCAACGUUAAUGCUGAGGACGAAGAUGGGGACACCCCAAUGCACAUAGUCUUUGCACGGCAACAUCUCACACCCAUUGAGCCGCAGCAAGAAGGCAAUGGUCCCUCUCUGUUUACUAAGCUGCAAUCUACUGGGUUGUUAGGGAAAACAGAACUGAAUGUUGGGACAGCGAUUGCUUGCUUUUUGGCAUUGACAGGUGCAGACAUCAACUACGCUAAUCACUGUGGGAAAACCCCUCUGGAUCUUGUAAAAGAUGGAAGAAUAGCUUACCUUGUGAAAAACUUUUCCCAGAAAUUCAGGGAACUGCAGGCUGAGUCUGACUCAUCCAUAGUUAGCUGUAGCCUGAGAAGGAUUCACACUACUCCUAACACUAUGACCAACCUCAGCCUCCCCAGUGCCACCAACCCUGCAGAGUGUUUAGUAUGCUCUGAGCUGGCUUUACUCAUCAGCUUCUUCCCAUGUCAACACAACAUAGUGUGUGAAGAAUGCUCCAAGAGAAUGAAGAAAUGCAUCAAGUGUCAAGUUUCUAUAACCAAAAAGCUUAGACAAGACAGUACAGAGAUUGAUGGAGUCCCUAGUUUGGAAGCAUUAGAUCAGCAUAAGAUUAUGGAAGACCUUCAGAACAAAUACCGCCAAAUGGAGGAACGGAUUACCUGCCCCAUCUGUAUCGACAACCACAUUAAGCUAGUCUUUCAAUGUGGACACGGUUCUUGUGCAGAAUGUAGCAUUUCCCUGACAGCUUGCCCAAUAUGUAGGCAAGCCAUUCGAGAAAGGAUUCACAUAUUUGUUUGAGGACGGAUGUAAAUGGCCGUGCUGGGGCAAAUAAGGCAUCUUAGAUCAAAGAUCAUAAUAUGUUUAUGCCAAGCAUGACUGUGUAUUUUUUCUCCAUGACAAGAAUUUUAAGGAAGUGCCCAACUCUGCUUAUGGAGGAGUAUGGCUGCACUUUGCAUUUGAUACUGUAAAAGAAAUAUAUUUAAAUGUCCGAACUUGAAGGGCUAAUCUAUAGUGCAGUCUUCCUGGGGAUUUUUUUUUCCAUGGGAACUGAUGAGGAUACCAUGAUCUUUGAAUUAUUAUGAGAAUGGUAUCAAAAUCCAGGUUUGUUGUAAGAAAUCCAUUUAUGGGUUUUAAGCCUCAUUUUGGUGUAUCUGCAAGAGAACCUAAUUCACAGCCUUCCAUCAAUACUAUGCUGCAACUACCGACGUCUUUUGUAUACAUUAACUAGGUCAGAAUUUAUUAACCAAUACAUUAGGUCAGUAAACCGAGUUGGAUACAGAGUAACACUUGCAUGUCCAAAUGAACACCCAGUUUCAACAAAAUCAUCUUCCAGUGGAUAAAUAUUGUACUGCUUUAAGGACAAGAAAAUAAAAUAGCAUUUUAUAUAUGUAUACAUAUAUAUAUAUAUAUAUAUAUAUACACAUACACAUAUAUAAACAAUCCACAUUUAACUGACUUCUCUAGUUUGCGUGAUAAAAAAGUUACAUUUUAUCUGUUUACCAUUUUCAGAAGCUAAAAUGUAAAUCAACCAGUUUAUAUAUAUAUAUUUAUAAUACUAUUAUUCCCCAGAUUAUAUUUUUUCAAAAUUUAAAUUCCAACAAAACUAAGAAAAACAAAGCUGAAAGUGCAAUAUAUUAAUUUUUAUUAAAGAUUCUUCCAGAAAGCCUCUUUCAAAAUAAAUUGUGAAGUAAGGCUUUUUGAAACAUUCUUUUUUGCAAAAAAAAUUUGGCUACAGCAGGUCUGGAUAACCUGUUUCCACACUUUUUUUUAAAGACACAAACAAUAUUGAAUUUAAGGGAUCAUCACCAGAUGUCGGAUGUAGACACUGACAUUUAUUAGAAAUAUUGAGUUUAAGGUAUCAUCAUCAAAUGUAGACACUGACAUUUAUUUAUGAAUAUAGCCUGAAUGCAAAGGAGUAUGUUUGUCUUGCAUUUGGGCAGGUUUCAGUCAGAAGUAACGUUCUUUUUUUUUUUUUUUAUAUUAUUUUAUUUAUAAAAGAACUAUUUUUUACGGUUUUUUUUUUUAAUUUUAAGUUGUAUGCAGCAAAACACAACAGAACAUUUCAAAUGCCAAGAUCUGUAUCUUUCUAUUCUGUGUAUGUAUAUAAAAGACAUUGCUUAUAUAAAAGACAUUGUUAAUACUGCCAGGUUGGCCAGAAUAGCCUACACAAAUUUGUAGACUUCUCUAGUGUUCAAUUAAAUAACCAAGGCGUCAUUUCUCAAAACUAAUGGAUGCCGGAGUGGAAAUAAAUAUUCUGCUUGUCACUUUAUAUAUAAUGUGUGAAAUGUUCAAUAAUGCAGAAUAAAAUCAGGCUUUGAUGAUAUUACAGUUUAGUGCUUUUCUAAUUGCUCCUAAUGUAUCUAUUACAUUUCUAAAAAAAGAAAAAAAUAUAUAACACUCAGGAAAAAUAACACAUUGAUAUAAAUGGUAUGACCAUUUGAAGGACAGUGAUAAAAAUAUAGUCCGUAAGUUGUUUAAUAAACCACAUGCCUGUUACAUCAUUAAGAUAAGUAGCUGUUUAUUUAUUAAUGGGAUGAUUUAUUACUAAAAACAGAAAAUUUAACUUGUUAAAUAAAUGCAUUUCAUACCAACUCUA